AUGGGUAAGCUGGGAUACAACGAACAGAAACAACAGGAGAUUCCCGAAGGACGCGGUAAGAGUUUCCAGUGGGCUUCGUCGCGACCCCAGACCACACUACCGAUGCUUAACUCUAUUCUGUUCGAGCCGACUAUGCAACUGGGACUCUCAUUUUCAUUGAUGGUGGAAACCUAG